ACGAGAUCGUGGCCGGCCACGCUGACAUCACGCUGUGUAGCGGCCACCCCCGGAGAGAGAGCCCAGCUGGCUGCUGGAGAGACAGGCACAGGCAGGGAGUUCCGCGUCCUCGCCUCUUAUCGCAGAAAGCAGCGCGCUCGGCAGCGCCGCAGUUUGGCGAGGGACUUUCACCGGUGCAGCCAUGCUGAGCCAAGAGGAGAAAGACCUCCUGGUCAGCAUCUGGGAAAGCAUCGCGCCGGACGCCGAAGAAAUUGGCGCCGAGGCUCUGCUAAGGAUGUUCACGUGCUUUCCUAAAACCAAGACGUACUUUGCCCACCUAGACAUCAGCCCCGGAUCCGCCCACCUGCGGACCCACGGCAAAAAGAUCAUCAUGGCGGUCGGGGACGGAGUGAAGAACAUCAGUACCCUGGCUACCACGCUGGCGCCUCUUAGCCUGCUACACGCCUACCAGCUGAUGAUACAUCCCAGCAACUUCAAGCUCCUGUCUCACUGUAUCCUGGUGACGCUGUCGUGCCGCAGACCGCAGGAGUUCACCCCCGUCGCGCACGGGGCCUGGGACAAGCUGCUGUCGGCCGUGUCCGCCGUGCUGGCUGAGAAAUACCGAUAACCAGCCCCGUCCAGAGGGUUCUGAUUCGCCGACGUGUUGCAGGACUGUUGUGUUGUUUUUGUUGUUGUUGCUCCCCAAAUAAAAAUGCAAUUACGAUUCUG